CGUCGCCGCCUCUUCUCUUGCGCAUGCCUGCCAGCGCUCCUCUCCUAUGCCUACCGCGCCUAGGCAUGCGCCCGCACAUACCGCCCACUCGCGCGCCCCCGCGCGCUUUGCGUUCCUCCGCGCUGCCUUGCGCGCGUCCCAACCGUCGCCCGUGCUCUGAUCCUGUACCGCGCACCCCCGUACGCCCAUGCACCGAUCCUGUGCCGCGCACCCCCGCACGCCCGUGCACCCUCCAACCGCGCGCCCGCGUAACCCUCGCAAAUCCUGCUUGCACGGCUUUUUUGCCCAUUUGUGCGCAUCAAGGGCCGAUGCGCACCUUUCGCAUUUUAGCCCCUUACAAAACUCGUCGUCAGAAUAUUAUCACGUGUUCAAUAAUGUUGAACUUUCUCAAUGUUCAGAUGCCGCCCCGUAGGGAACCCGAUCACCCGGCUCCUACUCAGGCCACAGUAGUCGCACAGUUCCGCGACUAUCAUGCCGAGAAAUUCUCCGGGCAGGGAGAUCCCCGUAUCGUGGACGAGUGGAUUCAGGCCCUUGAGUUUAUCUUCGAGGUCAUGGAUUGUCCAGAUAGAUAUCGCGUUGUCUGCGUUCAGCUUCAGCUCACCGGUGAUGCUCGGCUCUGGUGGAAUGCCUACUGGAGUAUGUGUCCCGACGAGAAGGCGGGAUGUACAUGGGAGAUGCUCAAGGAGCUGAUCCGCGAGAAGUACUACCCCACCUACUACAGAGCAGAGAUGGAGCGUCAGUUUCUAUCGCUCCAGCAGGGUACUCGUACUGUUGACGAGUAUGAGAGGGAGUUUACUAGACUUGCAGCUUUU